AGCUGAAAGCGAAUGUGUUCCAUACUUCAUGUACGAGUGAACUACACUGUUUUGUGCGUUUUGAUUCGCAGGCGCGUGCAAUAAUAACGAAAUCGCGUGCAAUUAUUUCGAAAAACGCCUCGCCAUUUUGUCAAAGAAGCCCUCCAUGUUCAUUUCUCCGUGGUUUCGUUUGCACAAGGAUCUAUCUCUUGACUUGAAUAUUACUGGAGUGAGGUCAGCAUUGCAUGACUCAGUCGUGGAUAAGCAUGCAGUCAUUUCUCUGCUGUUGCAUUGGACCUUGCAGCUGUUCUUAGGGUGACCUGAAAAUAACAAGUAUGGUUGUCUCCAAUGAAUGAGCAACAAAUUAACCUAAAGACUUCUCAACCCAGCUUGACAUCCCGGAAGCAGAAGAGUUGGCAGUGAAGACGAAAGCAAAUGGACAUGUUUGAGCUACACCAUGCUGAAGCUUCUAUUUCUGCACAGGAGAUGCUGCAAUUUUUACUUUUAAAGCUUACAUGCAUUCCUACCAUGUUGAGUAGAUUUGGAUGACCAUUAAGUAUCAUAAAACCAGUUAAGGGUUCUUUGUCAAGAGCGAUACUCUUAAGACUCUUCAUCAAACCAGAGAAAGCUUUGUGUGGUUUGGGGAUUUGAACUCUUGUCUCCUUAACCUCCCACUCCACCACUCCCCAGAAUCUGUAUUCAUGAAAGUCAUGAGUUUGCCACCUCAACAGAAACCAAACGCAAAGAGGACAGGCAAGCGCAUCACUUUCUUUAACGAUCCGGGUGUGGCGAUGAAAGAGGCCUCUCAGCAUUCAGAGGCCUACUAUGGCAUUGGGGACCCUCCCUCAGGGCCAGGCCAUAAUGACAGUGGAAGUGUGGAAAGUUUGAAUUCAGAAGCACCACAUACGUACCUCAAUUCUGUCAUUUUCAGCCCAGAGAAGGGUGAUCAAAGCCGUGGGCACUACCAACAGAUGAUGCCCAUGAAGUGGCCACAUCAAGACCCAUCUUUGCAGCCCCAACAGCGACCAAACAAUUGGUCACAGGGUAUGACAACUUGGACCCAGAACUUUGGCCCUUAUUUGGAAGCUCAAACUGCUUUUGUAAAGCAGAUGCAUGAGGGCAUGUCAGUACAACAGCAGCAGCAGCAACAUAAGUCAUCAACUAUUAGGGCAAAUGAAAAACAAGGAGCUAACAUAAGUGUAGAGACCUUUAGGGAUACAAUCAAACCUGGCCGGGGCAUGGAUUGGGAACAGCAGCAAGCCUUUCAGCAAACACAAAAGCCUGGAAUGUUAAAUCCACAGCAGCACGGACAGUCCACCACUGGGAAUUCCGUGUUGCAACCCUUUCAGGUAGCUUUUGGACAGCCCAAGCAGAACUUGGUAUACUAUCAGGCAGUUCAGGGCAAUCGGACCUUGCCGAAUUUGAAUUACAGUACACAGACGAAUUCCCAACUACAGCAGCAACUACAGCAACAGGAGCAACGGCGACAAAUAAUGCUUCAACAACGGCAGCAACAGCUGGAACAGCAGAUACGACAACAUGCGCAGCAGCAACAGGCACUUCAGCAUCAAAAACAGCCACAACAGAUGCCACAAUUACAGUUACAGCAACAAGCACAGCAAUUAAAACAUACUCCGCAACAGCAACCACCACAACAACAUAUGCAACAGAUUCAACCGCAACAAGACUUGGUGCAGCAGCAACAAAAGUCUGAGCAACCUCAUCAGAACCAGCAUGUAUUGGAAAAUUACUCUGAUGGCCAGCAGCUACAUGCUUCUUCACUUGAUCAGCAUCACCCCUCAUUACCAGGACAGUCCCAAGAGACAACUGAUCCCCCGUCAACACAGACUCAAGACUCUGUUCCUCAGCCUCCCACUAAUGUUCCCCAGCGAUCCAUCGAGACCCAACAGCCUGGGCCCCGGAGAUCACGCCGGCUUUCAAAAGAGGGUGGAGGCCCUGCUUCAGAUAACCCAUUUGUCAUGCCGACUGAUCUGCAUAACCAAGACUCUCAGAACGGUACUUCUGAGACAAAUGCUGUGCAAGACAUCCGGGCCGCUCCAACAGGUGUAAUCCAGAGCACACGACGUAAGAGGAGGGUGUCGCAAGAGGCCAACCUGGAAACCUUGGCUCAGAAGGCUUCGGAAAGGGAAUCUCUUCCCUCACGUAGUGUCAAGCUUACGUUGCUCUUUAUACCUCCACCCAAACUUGGAACUUUUAUUGCCCCACCGGUCUACUCCACUAUCACACCUUACCAGAGUCACUUACGUUCACCUGUCCGAUUGGUCGACAACCCCCUCAACAUGCCGCCUUACACUCCCCCACCCAUCCUCAGUCCAGUUCGAGAGGGUUCGGGUCUUUACUUUUCCACCUUCCUGUCGGCUGCCGCUGCAGCAGCAGCAAAUAAUCAGGGACUGCCCCCACCUGCCACUCCCAAAUCUGCCACCCGCAGCCUCCUGCGCUCCAACAGCAGUGAUAUAACCCCUCCAGUUCUCUCUGCUAUGAGUGAGGCUACACCUGUCAGCAUUGAGCCUCGUAUAAACAUUGGAUUGCGGUAUCAGGUGCAGGUCCCAGAGCUGAGAGAGCGCUCGGCAGCGCAGCACGACCUACACAAGGCUGAACUGUUGUGGGCGCCACUGCCUGACCUGGAGGCCAAUACUGAGCAACAGCAAAGAGUGGAUGACCUCAUGCACCUGGCUUGCUCGAGUGCGUUGUGUGGAGGAGGGACCAAUCAGGAACUGGCCAUGCACUGCCUGUAUGAAUGCAAGGGUGACGUCAUGGGAGCCCUCACCCUUCUGCUGUUAAAAAACCCCAUGUUUCCCAAAGCGCACCCUCUGGCUGACUACCACUACUCUGGCUCUGACAGCUGGACACCAGAGGAACGACGUUUCUUCAACAAAGGCAUUUCUGCCUACAAGAAGGACUUUUUCAUGGUCCAGAAACUGUUGAGCUCCAAGACAGUGGCUCAGUGUGUGGAGUUCUACUACACGUAUAAGAAGCAGGUGAAGAUCGGCAGGAACGGUACACUCCUUUACGGAGAAGCAGAGCCACCAGAGACUAAACCCACAACAGAGGAGGAAGUGGACAAUAAAAGUUCACAGAAGUUUGAAUCACGGAAAGAAGACGAGGAGAGCAGGAAGUGGGAAGGGUCAUGUGACAGGAAACAAGAAAACAGCCCGGGCAGGGUAACACAAUCGCUACAGGCCACUGAAAAUGCUGCUGCCGUCUUGGUUUUAAGAAGUCAGGAGAACAGCGCUAGAGAUCCGUCCAUGUUGGGGGUCAGUCAUCCUCCUCCUCCACCUCCACCACCACCAUCUAAACACCGCUCCGACACCACAGGCCGGAAAAACACUGGCAAUACAGGAAAGGGACAAACAAACCAAGAGGGUGAAUUCCCCUGCAAGAAGUGUGGCAGGAUCUUCUAUAAAGUGAAGAGCCGCAGUGCCCACAUGAAGAGUCACGCUGAGGCAGAGAAAAAAGCGGCUGCGCUCCGGCAGAGGGAGGCCGAGCAGCAGGCGGCAGCCGCCAUGUUGGCCGCUCAGCAGAACGGAGCGAUGGGGGAUCGGAGCAGAACGAGGAGAGCCAGCAGCGAUGACUCCUCAGAGGAAGAGGAGGAUGCAGAUGAUGAAGACUGGCGCUAGCUAACAAUCUGUUUCGUAUGGCCAAGAAAAAACCUAUUUAUUGUUAGUUUACCAGCCAACAAGACCCAUCCCAAAAGAACAGUUUCAGGGACUGGCUCACUCCCGUAGAGUGUUUGUGUGAGUGCGUAUGUGUGUUACGUGUAUAUGAGACGGACAAAGACGGAGACCAGUGCUGUAGAAGCAUUCAGGGGCUUAAUGUUCAGACAUAGGGCUAUUGGGAGUGUAAGCCAUCUCAGUGUGAAUGUGUGCGUGUGUCUAUAAUAUGCACUUUCGGACUCAUCCAACACACACUGAUCUGACUGCGCGCAGCACAUCUAUCCAGUGUCUGUGCACAGAACUCACUCACUGUUCUCCUGUGAAACAAACCAUUAUGGAUUCAGUGCUGUGGACGUAAAGGGACAUAGAAGCAAGUGUGUGUGUGUGUUUAGUCUUUUCCUCCUUUUUUCGAAAUGAAAACGACGGUAUCUUUCUCUUCCACGUGACUGCCAAACGCUUGCACAACUGUGCUUGUACGCCUGGUCUUGAUCUCCAGUGCUGUAAUUUUAUGCUUUCUGUUUUGAGUAUCGUAAAGGUAAAGUUAAUCCGAAAUGGAAAAUUCUGUCGUUUUCUCAACCAUGUGACAUUCUAAACAUUAAAUUUUUUUUUACUUCAGAACACAAAAUGAGA